GCUGAGGGUUGGCGGCAGCGGCACGGCGCGGCGUGGAGCGGCGGCGAGGCGCUGCUGCUGUUCGUAUAUAAGCGGAGGACAACAGCUCCUCAGCAGUCAUUCUGUCUCUAGUGUCCUGUGCCUGUGUACCUCUUACGUCAUGAUCUCCAGGCUGAUAGUAGUGGUGGUCUUCGCCGCUUACGCGUGCGCACAGAAGGAGGACUUCAAGUGUCCUGAUGACUACGGCUUCUACCCCCACAUCCAGUCUUGCGAUAAGUACUGGAAGUGUGAUAACGGAGUAGCCGAGCUGAAGACAUGCGGGAACGGCCUGGCGUUCGACGACACGGACCCUAAGUACCUCAAGGAAAACUGCGACUACCUCCACAACGUUGAAUGCGGUGAAAGGACGCAGCUUGAACCCCCAAUUGGAACACCAAACUGUCCACGUCUGUACGGUAUCUUCCCUGACGAGGUCAAGUGUGAUACCUUCUGGAACUGCUGGAACGGAGAGGCCAGUCGCUACCAGUGCUCUCCUGGACUCGCUUACGACAGGGACUCCCGUGUCUGUAUGUGGGCCGAUCAGGUUCCGGAGUGCAAGCUAGAAGAGGUCGCUGACGGAUUCGGUUGCCCCGCCGCUGGCUCUGUCGCCAACUCCGCUGGAUCCUUCUCCCGCCACGCCCACCCCGACGACUGCAGGAAGUAUUACAUCUGCAUGGAAGGCACAGCCCGGGAGUACGGUUGUCCCAUCGGAACUGUCUUCAAGAUCGGAGACGCUGACGGCACCGGUAACUGCGAAGAUCCCGAGGAUGUUCCCGGCUGUGAGGACUACUACGGUGACCUGGACCUCAAGAGUAUCCGCAAGAGCGAGCUGUUAGCCGGUCUGGGAGGCACCGCCAGGAGCUCCGCCGGUCCCCCCAAGCCCGUCACCAAGUCCCAACCCCGCCCCCAGGCGCAGAGCCCCAGGCCCUCCACGGCCCAGAGCCCACGACCCUCCUCGUCCAAGGACUUCGACGACUCCGCCUAAGUGACGUGACCUGUGUGACGUCGUCUAUAGACUGUGUGUCCCCGGACACGGACUCGAACCACUCCUCGGGUGUAGCGGCCGAUUUGGCUCCAAACUCAUUCGUGUUGUUUUCCUUGCAAUCAUUGUUUUAAGACUGACUUUGGGGCCAUCUCGGCGUUAUUGACAGCGAUGUUCAAACCAAAAUUAAUUGCAGUCUUAGUUGAAGGUUAGUCAGUUAAGCACGAUGUUCGAUCUAGCACAAUCCACUGUAAACCGUAAGCCGUAAGCUGUGUAAAAAUCGUAUUUUAUUUAUGUUAAGAGGAUAUUUAUGUAACUAUGUAGUAAAGUGGAGUUCAGUUUAAGACAGAAUGUUGUGAAGCGCAGUUGAAGUUGAUCGGUUGUAAGAUCGACUAGCUCUCUAUAUGUGUCAAUAAAGUUGCCACUUCACCACCACA